CGACGAAAUCAAACAUGGACUCAGACACUUGCUCGUGUUGUGGUGAUUGUGAAUUCUGUGUGGAUCAAGAGGAAUCUGAUGAAGAUGGCCCGCGAACUCUACUCAACACGACCUCAAGUCUGCGGCCUGCGAGCCCUGCGUAAUACUAAUCAGAAAGACGUAAACAACUAUAGACCCUGACGCGCCUCUAAACCCACAAACCGAAUUAAACCUUCAAGAAUCACAGACUCUCCGUCAGCCCGGAGUAAUUCACAAGAUGGACGAAAGUGGAUGGCGAUGAAGAAAUGGUUCCGUUACCUGCAACCUGUGCAGCUACACAUAAUGCUUGGGCUCACCAUAUUAUUUUUUCUUGUUCAACUCGUAAUGAGUCAUAUGACUCAUGCUCUCACUUUACUUGUUGACUCUUACAACAUGCUCUGCAAUCUCUUUUCUCUAGUUGGCUGCAUUAUAACAAUAAAGUAUGGAAGUGCAAAUGUGGAAAGACAAGGGAAUCAAAGCAACAAGGAGUCACCGAGUACCAGUGCACCGUCCAACAGCAAGAUUCCUCCUUCUUCCUCCUGCCAUAUGCAUACUGAAACAGCACGGUGUUCCCAACUUCACCUAAACAGCCAUACCAACAGCUCAGAGGAGAAGAAGUUGAAAAACACUUUUGGAUGGGCUAGGAUUGAUGUGCUAGUGAUGCUGAUUGGCUCUGUGUUCCUUGCCUCCUUAUGCUUCUCACUAGUAGUUGAAGCUCUGCAGACAUUGGUCCACAUUGAACACCAUGAUGAGAUGCAUCACCCCAUCUCUGUCAUGUGUGUGGGAGCUACUGGCUUGUUGCUAAAUGGGCUCUGCUAUCUUCUGAUAGGUGGAUAUACUUUCCACCAGGGAAGUUUCUUACAUGUCACUUCAAGUGGCGAUGUUGUUUUAGAUGGUAUAGUAACUAAAGAUUCUGUGCAGAAAGACCAGUGUGAUAUGUCAACUGAGACUCAAAAUCCUGCCACAUCACCUCAGGUACUGCAACGCCAAGGGAUACGAAAAAUUAGUCGUGAUGUUUUAGGUUGCCUAGUUGUGAUAGUUUGUUCCUUGAUCGUAUAUUUCACGGAUCAGAACUUUGCAAAAUUUGUUGAUCCAGCGCUCUCCAUUUUCUCAGCUGUACUACUGUUAAUUCUGAGUUAUCCAAAUAUGAAAGAGUCUGGUUCUAUCUUACUGCAGACAAUCCCUGAUACCAUCAACAUCGAUUCUCUGCGUUCUGAACUGUUACAAGCUUUCCCAAAUAUCAUCAACGUCCAUGAUCUUCAUGUAUGGAGACUAACUGCUACAAAAGUGUUCUCAACGGCACACAUCAUAUUCCUCAGUUCCAAUGAUUAUGUAAGAAUUACAAAGGAUGUGACGGAGUUCUUCCAUGACCAAGGGAUCACACAAGUUACCAUUCAACCAGAAUUUUUUAAGAUGGACAACAGAAGUAACAUUCUGGAGUUACCGAGCAUCCAUGAAAAUCAAUGUUUGGUUCAGUGUCGUGAGGUGGGGUGUCACAGCCGACACUGUUGUUCGCAUAAUGACCAAGAACUAGCGACAGUCACGAUAGGCAGUGACAGCAAUCAUCACAGUACUCAUGGGCACAGUCACAACUACUCAAAGAACCACAAGAAACAUGUAGCUGCAAGAGUCAAAGAGCUUGGUACUUCCAGAAAAUCAUCAAUGCAUUCUGAUCCUGCAUUGGUAUGCAAGAUAAACACAAGCUUCAAAACAAUUUCAAGUGAUGGAGACUCCAGGAUUUAUACUUGUGAAGAUGCAUGUUCAGCACAAUCAAAUUCAGAUAACAAAGCAGACGAAAAUGACAAACAGUUCACAAGCUCAACUUUCUUGAAUACCGAACAAGAAUCGGUGAUGAAUAACUUGCAUAAAGCUAAUGAACAAGCUGAAAUUACAAGUAAUGGAUAUGUAAUAGAGGUUAAUGAUUUGCCAAAGACUAUUGACAAAGGGAAUAAAAUUUCAACUGUAUGUCAUUCAAUUCUGAAACAAGAGACAGCAGUUGAGACAAAUGAUGUAGAGAUUCCAAAUGCAAAUUCUAAAUCAGAAGUGGUAAAUUCAGAAAUAUCUUAUUCAAUACCUUGUGAGCUGAAAUCGCCCAUUUCAGUAGCACAAGAUUCCAUGUUAGCUGAUUCAUUCCUAUUGGGCCCAGAUCUGUCACAUGAUCCAGUACUAUUACGGACAGUAUCGACAAAAUCUGACACAGUGCCAUCACAACAAGAUACAUGUGACACAGAAUUUCCAUUGCCAGACUCUGUAUCAACUGGGUUAAUGGCAACUAAACCAAAUGUGCCUAAUACAACAAAACCUGAAACAGACAAAUUAAGAAGCCAAACUGAAUCAGGAGAAGAAUGUGUUUCAUAGCUACAAUGUCCACGCAAUUUGUGGAAAUAUAUCUUCACUUGUGUGCACACUAAGCCUCAGACUCCUUGUUGUAAUGUGGGUGAAGGUUGGAGAAGCAUGCAGCAUACGGGUGUCUUCAGAUCAUCUAAGUGUUUUAAUCAGCGAGUCUCAAAAUCUAAACAUUAAAUGUAGGCACCAUACUACACAUAAUUUAAGUUCACCAUUUUUUGCCAUAAAAUAAGAAAAAAUACCUGUAUGUUGCAUGCAUUACAUUGUUACAUAUGAAAAAUCCCAUAAAAAAGCAGUCACUGUAAAUACAAAAUAUGAUGUAACUGGAACAAGCAGAAAGGUACUGAUAGACAAUAAUCAUUCUUUAGCACUGCUGUAUGAAAGAAAUGUGAUAAGACAUGCCGUGAAGAAUUAAGUAAAAAGAGUUACCUUAGUUCCUAAUUAAACUCAUGUAGAACCUACCUAGUUUUCCAAAGAAAACAUUUCACAUGGAUCAGUGAUGUAAACGGUGAUUUUUCUCAUGAUCGACUACUUUCAUAAAUCUUCAUGUAAAGUACACUUCCACGUUCUUAUCAAAUAUCUUGAAAAAAUGCAUGAAUUAAGGAAUAAAACAGUAUAAAUGGGAUAAUAAUAAAAUGAGGAUUUAUGGAAUUUAUAUUAUAAUUCUCAUUCUUAUAGCAAUAAUAUUAGAGUGAUGCAACUCAAAAUGUAAUCUGCCUAGCAUUUUGUAGUUUAGACGCUUCAUGGACUGUUUUUCAUUUUCUACUUCUCAUCUCUAACAUCACACCACAUAACUCAAAGGGCUGUAAUGUUCAAUUUUUAUGUAUAGCAUUUUUAUAUGUUCUUAAUUAUUCAAAUACUGUGAUAGCAUUGCCAAAAUAGUCAAGACAUUGGUUAUCAAAAUAUAAACCAGUGUAUGUUGGAAACUGUUGUGGUGCCAAUGUUUCAAGAGAUGUAUCAGUUAUAUGCAGUAGAAAACCAGUUUUUGGGCAAGGCAUACUGGAUCAGAGUGUCCUGUCAGCUCCUCGUUCACUCAUAGGAAAAAAGGGUUAAAUCAUGAAACAUGUCUGGAUGCAUCUGGUGUUCAGUAUGGUUAAUAUCAUGUUUCGUUAAAAAACAAAGAAGUAAGAAUUUCAUUUAUAACAAAAUUUUCAUCAACAACAAAAUACUGCACCCUGUCAUUUUCUUUUAAUAUCUGGGUUAGAACAUGAAAUUUCAAAUUUGAAGUUAAAAUCUAAGCACUGUUAUUUGAUCUGCUUUUUAAAACACUUUCACAUUCAGGAACCUCUGGUUCUAUCCAUGACUGGAUCUGGGACCAGAUUGAAGCAAAUGACAAUGCUUGGACUAUGUCUGAAAUCAGCCUUCAGUUCAAACAAAAUGUCUAUCCAUUUCAUUUAUCAAAACAGUUGCACAUUCAGAGCCUGUGAGUAAAUAUGUUUUUAUAUAAAAAUAUGUUCAUGGCAAAUGUGAAAUAUUCUAAAAAAUUAAACAUUCAAUUACAGUGUAUACCCAUGUGAGAGAUUAAAGAUGAUUUUUUGUAAGUGAAACAGAUUUAUAUCAUAUACAGGUCAUGUCCCCUCAGCCUUAGUGUCAUCUAGGUGGUCUGUCUCAUUUAACUUCAUGUAUGAAAUAUAAAAUUUCUCCACAAAUCUUAUGUUGGGAAAAACAGUUUAAACACCACAGAACCUAACUUAACCUAACCUAACCAGAGGCUUAGGAUGAAAUUCACUACCAUAGGUUUUUGGAGAAUAAAAGAGGGUAUAGGUGGUGAAUUUAACACGCCAAUCAAACAAAACCAAAUAGCUUUAAAAAGGAGAAAGAUAAAAAACACAAGACAAGAUAAUAAAUUUAAAUUAAUUAGAUGAAAUCAAAUAAAAUGUUACGAAUUUCAAGAAUCUGUUGGGGUAUAGGUUUUAACAUUUGUCAAGAACACUUCUUACAUUUGUAUAAGCACUGGAAAAUUGACAACAUAAAAGACGGGCAGUAACAAAUUGUAUACAUAUGGAUAAAUUUUAAGAAUAAAUAUAUAGGAGAGAUAGUGUAUAAAGAUUAAUAUUAUUUCUUUGAUGAAACAAAUGACUUGUAUAUACCAAAAUAAUAAUAAUAAUAAUAAAAAUACUGUCAUUGGAUUUUUUCUUCUUCUUUAAAAACGUUUAUUUCUCAGCCUAUCUUAUUUUCUUAAGGGAAAAAAGUAUUUAACUUGGAAGGGGUAGGCAGGAAUAUGAUAUUAAAAUACAUCUUAAAUAUGUGGCAAUGUGGAAUAGAUUCAAGUGGUUCAGAAAAGGUUCCAAUAAUGGGGUCUUGUUGACAUGAUACUAAAUCUAUGGGUUCUAUAGAAAGAAGAUAAUUUCUUUUUCAGCUGAGUGACCAACUUCUGAAGUAGAGGACUCUACUCCAUUAAGUUAGUGUAACAGUGGGAAUUAUGUGAUAUUAGCUUAACUGCUUAGAGAGGUUUGUUUACAUAACAGGGAAAUAACAGACUGCACUGCAACACACAGCAGAAAUUGUGCUGCUCCAAUAUUGCAACAAACGUUAUUAAAAUAAACACAAAAACUUGGAACAGUCUUCAUCAGCAUUAAAUUAAUACUCAGGUUUAUAUAAAUCACCUGUAUGAAAAGUCAUACACACACAGAAAUAUUUUAUCACAAACUAAACAAAAAACUAAUAGAAUAAAUUUCAAGUGGACAAAAAUUAAAUAAUGAAUUGGUAACAGGAGUGACAGGUAUUAUACAGAAUUAUAAUCUCAUAAUUGUUUAUAACAAAAUUUAUUUGUUAAUCUGCAACACCUUAAGACUUUCUUUCAAUUCAUUCCCAUACAUUUAAUGUAUUUGGAUUGCAAGAACAAAAUUGCAUUAUAAACAAAAGCAACCAUUUUUUUCAGCUAAAAUUACAAUUAAAUUUAAAUAAAUGUCCCACUAAACUCUGGCUACAGGUUUGAAAAAUUGUUGGUAAUGGCAAUUAUUAGUGUACAGAUAUCUUACAUUAAGACCAGUCACUGCUUUUACUGAAGCAUUUGUAGGCAGCUAUUAUAAUUACAUGUAUUUAGUGGUCAAUAAUUUAGGUAAAAGAAAGGUUUUAUGGAUUACAAUAAGGAAUGAAGCUUAUCAUAAGAAUAUCUGUAAUUUUGAUAAGCUUAAAUUCUGACCUAUACCAUAAUGAACAAACAAAAAGAGAGAGAGAAAUGUAACCAUUAUAUGUAUAUAUGUUAGCAAAUAUGGAACAUUCAGCAAGACAAGAAUAAAAGCAUUCAAAAUUGUAUGUUCACAGGCUUCAACCAGUCCAAUAAACUAAUCCAAUGCA